AAAGAAGGUGGAGCUGGUGGUGGUUUUGGCUCCCCCAUGGAGAUCUUUGAUAUGUUUUUUGGAGGAGGAGGAAGAAUGCAGAGAGAAAGGAGAGGUAAAAAUGUUGUGCAUCAGCUCUCAGUAACCUUAGAAGAUUUAUAUAAUGGUGCAACAAGAAAACUAGCUCUGCAAAAGAAUGUGAUUUGCGAUAAAUGUGAAGGCCGAGGUGGUAAGAAAGGAGCAGUUGAGUGUUGUCCCAAUUGCCGAGGUACUGGAAUGCAAAUAAGAAUUCAUCAAAUAGGACCUGGAAUGGUUCAGCAAAUUCAGUCUGUGUGCAUGGAGUGCCAGGGCCAUGGGGAACGGAUCAGUCCUAAAGAUAGAUGUAAAAGCUGCAAUGGAAGGAAGAUAGUUCGAGAGAAGAAGAUUCUAGAAGUUCAUAUUGACAAAGGCAUGAAAGAUGGCCAGAAGAUAACAUUCCAUGGUGAAGGAGACCAAGAACCAGGACUGGAACCAGGAGAUAUUAUCAUUGUUUUAGAUCAGAAGGACCAUGCUGUGUUUACUCGGCGAGGAGAAGACCUUUUCAUGUGUAUGGACAUACAGCUGGUUGAAGCACUGUGCGGUUUCCAAAAGCCAAUAUCUACUCUGGACAACCGAACCAUUGUCAUCACCUCUCAUCCAGGUCAAAUUGUCAAGCAUGGAGAUAUCAAGUGUGUGCUAAAUGAAGGCAUGCCAAUUUAUCGUAGGCCAUAUGAGAAGGGUCGCCUCAUCAUCGAAUUUAAGGUAAACUUUCCUGAGAAUGGCCAGGAGACAGGAGACAGAGGCCAAUAUUCUUGA